CAGGCCAAGGAAAAUAGUUGCAAGUAAGGGGACAUUACUCUAUAUUUGUUUUGCUUUGCUAGUUACACACAAGUUAAAAGUCCGUCGUCAUUGAUUAAUUGAACGAAACAAUUAAUUGAAGUAAAAUUUCGCAUUCAUCCGGAAACUCUGGGUGAUCAAAUUGGAUAGAGAGACAAUGUGAUAAAGGCUAGAAUGUUGAUACAUGAUGUAAACGAAGACCCCUUUUAUACUCUUGUGAAGUAUCUUCAUAAAUACGUCGGUUUGUUGAUGGUAAAACAGAAUAAUGGUUACAAACAUCCUGUCACACAGAGACAGAGAGAUUUGACUCACUCGUCACUCAGUGCCUGCCAUUCCCUUCAACUUCAAGCCAAGCGAUGACGCCCACUCUGCCGUCGUAAGGGCAAACGACGAAUGGUCCUGCGCAGGUCUUGAGGCUCAGGUCAAGAAUGAUGACAAUGUAUCUCAGCAGUGACACAAAACUUCCAUUCAUCUGAAAGCAACAUCUUGUUUGCUGUGAUGGCGCUGAGAGACACUGUCGGCAAGUGGCAUGCAGCCAUGUGUCUCUUCCAGGCUGGUCAAGUAACGGCUGCUAUCCGCAAGCUCCUAGAGGUCAACAAUGCGUCUGCCAAAGUACUCCACAAUAUCGGAUGUUUGCACUUGUCUGAAGGCCGGAAUGAAGAGGCAAUUAAAUUAUUUUCUACGGCUGUGGACAAAGACAAAUAUCUUGCUGCUGCUUAUUACCAAAGGGCUGUUUCCUACUUACAGCUACAGAGACAUGACAGAGCAGAGCUGGAUUUCCUCACUGCCAAAUCCAUGACGCCCGCAGACGGCAUCGACUAUCGACAGCUUGGGGCAAGUGUUCUCUUGACUGUAGAGCAUAUAGAUGACUGUGUAGCAGCGGUUCGAAGGUCUUUCUCUUGUCAGGCUCCAGCAAUUUUGGAGACCGUGCCGAUUGAGGACUGCCUCUUCUACCCUCCGAAGAACAUGGUGGACAAUCUUGUCAAGCAUGAUUUUCUGGGAAGGGCAAAGGUGAUAUCAUCUGUACAAGAGAAAGAUAUUGAGUACGCAGUUGAACAGAAAGAAAAAGAUGUUCUAGUGCCGGCAAAUGUACGAGCUGGACACUCAGUGUCUCUGCCAGGAUCUCCAAAGGCACUUCAUGGGCAACCACUCCGUGGUCAGUCUGGAGAGAACAUCCGACUCCCCCCUCGCCCAUCACGACCACCACCAAGAUUACAGCAUGGGUCGCCUAGUCCUGGGUUGAGGAAGAGCAAAAGUGUGGAAAAUGUUCUUGACUUUGAUACAGAGCAUGUUUAUGAAGAUGUGGAUUCUGACUCUGCCCCAACGCCUGUGUCCGACGUAUUGCGGGGGAGGUCUGCACGUGAUAGUCCCAGCUUUCCUGGAAUGAGGAAAACAGGAAGUGGUGUACAGCCGAAUGGCUCAGCAGCAAGUGGUUUAUCUACAACUGGUAAACCUUCAGAAGUGAGAGCACAGUCUCAAGGUUUCCAAGUGGGUCGUCAGAGUCAUUUAUCUAAACCCCCAAAGGGAAGAAUGGAUGAUAUGCUGCUAAAUCCUGCUAAUGUACGUUUGUGUAUGCCACAGGUUCAGACCCAACAGAACCGUUCACUUCAUUCCCAAAGUGUCCAGGGCUCUUAUGAAAAGAGAAAAGCUGAUCUCACCAGCACAUCCUCUAAUGACUCGCACAGCCGAGCUGUUCCGUCCGUCCUGUCUAGAGUCCACCCUAGUUUGUUGAUGGCAGGGAGUCUGGUACAAAACGAUGCUGCUGAAAGAUCCAGAAAACCAAGCCCAGAGCAGGGUAGUCAGAACAAAUAUCCUGGUGUUUCGAGUACAGUUUCCCCUCCAUACUCUGCUGCACAACCUAUCACAACUUUGAAGUCAACACAGAGCUCUGUGUCACCCACACAAGGGUCAAAUACCACACAGAAAUCUCCUAAACCACCCAGACCUCCUCCUCCAAGAUUUAAAAAAUGAAUACAAAUCUGAAAAUGCUUAAUGUAGUCAUGACUUUGCUAAUGUUAUGGGAUGUUGUACUAUUUAUUUGAAAGAUAAUUUAUUUUAAAAUCAUUUAUAAUUUUACAGACUGUGCUUUCUUGUCAUGUUAUGCUCAAAGGGAAAGUGAAAGUGUUAUGAUAAGGUUUCAGCUGUGGGUGAGUGACUUGAACCUUUAUUUUAUGACUGUGAGAUUGUACACUGGCCACAAAUGAUUUCAGUCCCUGUGUAAUUUGUCUGCUCUUGCCACAAUAAUAAGGUGGAUUCGGAAUGCGAUGUUGUGCUAGAAAUUAUGCUUAUGGAUGGUUUUGGACUUGAAGGAUGAUGAUGCAAACCCCAUGGUCUGCCUGACAGUCUACCAUAACAUUGUUUUCUGCCAUAAGACCUGCGUACGGUAAUUUUAUAAACUUAUAUACCACCGCUCCCACACCGUGAUGCAUUCAUUUUUUAAAAUUAAGGGUGCCAGUCACCGCCCCCCGCCGCCCUUGAACAAUCUACAAUCUACUUCCUCAAAAACAUUUUUACAAUUGUCAAUCAGCCAGUGAUAGUCCCAAGUCUGUAUAACACACAAACGGAAAAUGUUUAGUAUUGCGGAUCGCAGUAGACUAGUAGUCCUUCAAGUGAAACGGUUGUCAGACUAGUCUGGUGGUAGACAGAUGGGCAUCAAAUGGGCACCAAUGGAUGAAAACGGCAAUGGUUACAGGUGCUAUGAUAGUGCAAUACUGUGAGUGACAAUCAUCUAUUAAAUCUAUGCCAUCUCAGCACAGCCUCACCCGUUACCUCUGACAUUUUUUGUCCUUUUCCCAAGAAGACAAGGUGCGCAUUCCUACCUUCCAAGGACCAAAGGGGUGUUGAAAAAAAAAACAACUGAUGCUGGUGAGGACCAAACUUCAAAUCAUCAGGUUGAAAGGCGAACAUUAUGCCUCUUUAGCUACUGAGCCCCCUUGGGACCUUUCUUCAUUGGUUAUUUUGUGCGAAAGAUGAAAGUCUGAUCCUGGGAUUAGAACUUUGAAAUUUUGGAAUCAUGUCAUAAUGUAUGCUAGUAUAUAUGUGUGUGGUCAGAUUUAGAAUUGGGGGGGGGGGGGGGGGGGGUGGAUGGAGGGGGGGUUGUAUGCUAAGUGAGACAGAGGAGGAGAAUUAUCUUUGUGGGAUAGGGUUUGUAUCUCAGCUAUCAGAGAAAUAAUGUGUGCUACAUACCUGUUCUACUGCACAGUGAAAAGCAGAGACUCAAAUAGUUUGAUCUUGUAACUCGCAUGCCUAUCAACCAACCUGCUCUAAAAGUGUACAGAGUGAGAGUAAUACUCUGGAAAAGAUGGAUUGACUUGAGGAAGUAACGGACACCUUAAAAUUAAAAGCUCACAAUUUCCUGCUUCAAGAAGCUUUCUAUUUUGCCAAGACCCAGCGCCUUUACAUUCCUGAGUCGCCUCAUGGUACAAAUAGCAGAUUAGUUAAAGUACAAGUUUUUGUAAUUUUGUGGGAUUAGUAGAAAUAGUCAAGCUGUAUCAGACUAGAAAACCUCCCAUGGGAGGAUUUCUGUGCUAAUACUCAUGGAUAUAGUCAUGAUGAUGUCUACUAUUUAAAUGCUUGCCUUUAGUCUUGAAAUCAUGAUUGUUUUGAUCUUUGAAGAUUAUGCUUAUUCUUUCUCUUUUUACAUUCUGCAAGUAAUGGAAGUGUAACAGUUUACUGUUUUUACGAUCACGUUUUUAUGUUAAUGCUGUUGUAUUUGUAUGAUACAUUUUUUUUGCAGUGUUUCCUUGUUGCUGACAAUUGUUACCUGAAUCAUUCCUGAAUCAUUCCACAUGUUUCGCUCAUUCCUCCAUCAGAGUUUACUGUUGAGCAGGAAUUUGCACUAUACAAAUGCUAUUACUAUUUAUUAUUAUUGUCAUUAUCAUUACCUCAUGACUUAUUUAUAUAUACAUUUAUAAGAGUGUCCUGGUGUGGCUAAAGAGAAAGAAAAGAAACCAAGCAUUAAGAACUGUAAAAUAUUGGAAUAAAGCAUUAGUCAAACCAUCAAACGGUGUAUGUGCCUUUUGUGAUAUUGUUGUGUAACAUCUUCAGUACAGACCUGUGAUACUCAUCACGGUUUAGACUGUCCUGUACAUGAUUUGUGUUUUGUGAUAUUCUUUUCUGUAUCUGAAAUGUAAAUCAUAUGCAUGCUUCUACUUCGGUCUUUUUUAUUUUGGUAGGUGAUUUAGACCCCCAUCAACAGAAUUUAGAUCAUUCAGGAGGCGGGCUUCAACCCUGCCUUUCAGGGCCAACCCGGGCUGAGAGGGAUACAAUUAUCCAGUAGAAAGAUCGAGAUACUUGAUAAAAAUUCUCCCCAACGGUGAAGCAAAGUCAGGUCCUCAGUAUGAGAAGACAAAGUGCCUUACCAUUACACCACAGACUGCGGUUGCUUCAUUCUAAUUGUGUAUGUUGGUAUUAAAGGUAUGAUAGAGUGAUAAAGUGCAAUUUAUGAUGACAUUAGCUAUUACUGUAUUCCUGUAUCUUUUUUGAUUGAGUAUAAAUGUAAGUGUGCUGUAUUAUGAUGUAACAGUGACCUUUCUUGCCGUACUGCUUUACAGGAAACAGUCAUUUUAUCAAGUAGUUUAAGUUUGUAACUUCUUUUUAGCAUUAUUUCCUGUUUACCCAAAUGAAAUGGUUGCCAUUUUUUUCCCUCUCUGUACCGGUAUAUUUUAGUUUCACGUUUAGUUAAGAUAAGAUAAGAUAAAUUUUUAUUGUCCAGAUGCUGGCUCAUUGGUUUGGUGUUUCACCACACAGACAUACACAUACAUGCAUGCAUAUGGGCGUUUUAGUGUACACGCCUAUACACACAUACUCUCUUACUCUUACUUAUCCUCUCUGCCAUACACUCGUGCACUCACACACACUUAAUAAUAUUAUAAUAUACCGUACCUGCACUCAUAAACAGACCCACAACGAUGCUUAAUAUAAAAUAAAGAGAUGUUGGUCGGCAGGUGGCUGUUAGAGCUUGUAUCUGAUGUGGUGGAGGGGAAAGAGGGGGGUGGGGGGCGAGCAGGCACAAGCAUUUCAGGCUUGGAAAGUCGGCAGAGGUACAGGUGUAUCGCAAUCAUUGUCACCCUUUCCUUCGGGUUACAGGACAAUGAAAGGCUAGUUAGAUGUAGAUAUGUAAAUGUACAUAAUGAAUUGCUCUCUGGUCGGUGGAAACAGACGUUGCUGUAUGCUGUGCCAUACAUUGUGACGCUCAUGUUCCCAUUUUUUUGCUUUUAAUUAUAACGAACACUAAGAUUCAACUAAAGUGAAAGUCAAGCCCAACGACUUCGUUAUUUAUAGAUCCAAGUAUCGCUGCAUUAAAAUAUGAUUGAGAUAGUAAGCGUUUAAUUAGUGAUGGUAAAAUUGAACUUCUGUAUCAUUCUUUGUUACAAAUCAAAUGCAUAGGUCAUUUACUUCUUACUGGUAUUUUGAUUUGAUGGAUGGUGGUUCUCCAAAAAGAUGAAAUUAUUUUUCCCAGUGCAAGCGAUAUUGCAUCAUUCAUCAGGGUAAAGGAAUGGAGUUGUUGAAAUAUCUUGUGCUUUUUGUAUUAAUCGAUUCAGUUUUACUUUAUCUUAAUGUCUUGUGUUUCCGGCCAAUGCUGUCCUACAGAAGUUAAUCAUAUCAACUAUGGUUGAAUUUAAAUAGAAUGUGGACUGCAGAAGGUUGAGACUUUUAAUAAGCAGGUGCUGUAUGCUUUGUUAUUCUACAAAUAAAAUGUAUCAUCACUAUGUAUGCUCUUCCUUUUAGGAGGCCAAUUUUGUUAGAACAUCCCUCUGUUAUUUUCAUUUUAUUUUGGAAUGGAAUUUGAGAUAUUCUUGAUUUCAAUUUUCAAGCUAGUUGUGUAGGGCCUACAUAUCUCAACAGAUUUCAAUUGUGUAGCUUCCUUAAGGUUGUCAUGAGUAGGUAUGUACUUGUCUUUCUUGCUGUAGUCAAAUUUUGACACUCUUUUUUUAUGACAUUAAUGUAGAAAAACUUAGUUUUACUUUGAAAUAUCCUGAAGGAUUUUUUUUUUUUAGCGUUUUUUUGGGGGUGAUCAGAAACAGUUCUUGAGCAUUGCAUUGCAAUUCUUUGAAAACAUGGACCCUACGCUUGAUCCAAGUUACAUUUCACAUUUCCUUUGAAAUACAUUUUUGAAAAAGCAUUUUUUAUUUCUUGAGGAAAACACAUAGGGAUUCUUUUUAAAAAAACUAUUUUUAGUUUGUUUCUUUCCUCCACUACUUACACUCUUGUUUUGCUAUUUUCCUGUUUCCUCGAUGUGAUCACAUCUAUGGGUACACUGACGAAUGCCAAGCACCUUUUUCUUAUUCACAGCAGUUUCGAGAUAAAAAGGCAUCAUAACCAUGUAAAAAAGGAGUUCUUCCUAAAUUAGAAUUCUAAUUUAUUUUGAAAAUAGUCACAAUUUCACUUUGAUUUUUUCACACAAAUAGGAUAACUGAUCAGGCCAUCAAUGUAGCAAAUAAAAAAAUUUGGCUCCAAAAAUGAAAAAAGGCAUUUUUCAGCUUACAGCAAAUCUGUUUGGGAUCUUUUUAGAUUGUCUGACAAUAAAACUUAAUAAAUUAUUUGGUCAAAACUGUAAGUUUUUGCCUUUUCAAUAAAUCUGUGUGCAUUUAA